CUCUAUUUCCCCUCCCACUUAACGGUUUUCCGGCAAUGCUCUCCGCCUUUCCACCGGCCUUUCCCUUCGAUUCCUUCACCGGAAACCAAUUUCCGGCGUUCGAACCAUGUUUUCCGGCGCCGGAGUUCUACGAACCGGCGGCUUUCACCUCUCUGGUGCAAGAAGAAACCGUCAGUCAAACACACCCCGCGAAUUCCGGUUCUGACGGGACGAACCGGGAUACCCCGACUCUGACCGAACCGGAACAAACCAAUUCCAAAGGAUUACCCUCCGGUUCCGACGAGGCCGGCCGGUUCGACCCCAUCGUCGACGAGCGGAAGCGGCGGCGCAAAGAAUCGAACCGCGAGUCAGCGCGGCGGUCGCGGCUGAGAAAACAGAGACACCUGGAGGAUCUAAGGAACCUUGGCGGCCGGCUCAAAGUCGGGAACCGGGAGCUUCUGAACCGGCUGCGGUGGGUCUUGCAUCAAACCCGAGUUGUCGCGUCGAAAAACGAUUCCCUCCGGUCGGAGGCGGCGCUGCUCCGGCGACGCCUCUGCGACAUCCGGCAAACGCUCCUCGUCCGCCACCAUUUGAUGAAUCCUUCCGCCGCAUGGCCUUGCAUUAUAAAUAACGCUGCGCCGCCAUUAACGGCCGACAGUUUCUGCAACAUGCAAUAUUUGAACAAAUAAUAAUCAACGGUUAAAAUCAGUUAUCACAUCUAUCAAACCCUAGAUUGUACAAGAUAUAUAUAUAUAUAUAUAUAUACAAAUAUUGUGUAAUUAAAGUAUCAGUGCAUGUAAUUAAAUCAAACCUAGCCAGCUAGUUAGUGAAGGUAAAAUUAGAACGAAACAUGAGAGUGGCUUUGGGGACAGAUUUGGAGAUCGAUUAGUUGUUGUUGGAAAUUAGUAAUUAUGGCUUCUUGGUGUCUCCCAAGCCCAUAUAAUUAAUUAAUUAAUUAAUAAUGCAUUUUGUAAUUAAUCAAU